GCAAAUGAUUUCUUUGAUCAUUGAAAAAAAAACAAAUAAGAAAAGCAAGUAGUGGUGGGAGGAGUUAUUAGAAAUUUCCUAGAUCUGCAAAGUAUUGAGAACCAAAAAUUUGUUUUUGCAAUCAAAUAUGAACAAACAAGUCUCUGAGAGGAUUCAUGUUCUCUUCUUCCCCUUUAUGGCUCAUGGUCACAUGAUUCCAGUUCUAGACAUGGUCAAGCUUUUCUCGAGCAGAGGAGCCAAAUCAACCAUUCUCACCACACCAAGCAACUCCAAGAUUUUGGAGAAAAGCAUUGAAGCAUUCAAGAAUCAGAACACUGAUCUAGAAAUCGGAAUCAAGAUCUUCGAUUUCCCUUGUGUGGAUCUGGGAUUACCUGAAGGGUGCGACAACGUUGACUUUAUCAGCUCGUACAAAAAACCUGGGGCAGGUGACUUGUUAUUAAAGCUAUUUAUGUCUACCAAGUAUAUGAAACAGCAACUGGAGAGUUUCAUUGAAACAACAAAACCGAGUUGUCUUGUAGCCGAUAUGUUCUUCCCUUGGUCUACCGAAUCCGCAGAGAAGUUUGGUGUCCCAAGACUUGUGUUCCACGGAACAUCGUUCUUUUCCUUGUGUUGUUUUUAUAACAUGAGUACUCAUAAGCCACACACGCAAGUCGCUACGAGUUCUACACCUUUCGUAAUCCCCGGUCUGCCAGGUGACAUUGUUAUGACAGCAGAGCAAGCCAAUGUGGCCGACGAUGAAACUCCAAUGGGAAAGAUUAUGAAAGAGAUUAGAGAAUCAGAGUCAACUAGCUUCGGUGUUUUGGUGAAUAGCUUUUACGAGUUGGAAUCGGCUUAUGCUGAUUUUUACUCUACGAAUGUGGCCAAAAGAGCUUGGCAUAUUGGUCCGGUUUCGCUAUGCAAUAGAGAGUUUGCAGAGAAAGCAGGAAGAGGACAAAAGGAGAGCAUUCAUGAGCAGGAAUGCCUCAAAUGGCUCGAGUCUAAGACACCUGGUUCUGUAAUUUACGUGUCGUUUGGCAGUGGAAAUAACUUCACCAACGAACAGAUGUUUGAGAUCGCUGCCGGUCUUGAAAGCUCAGAACAAAGUUUCGUCUGGGUGGUUGGAAAGAAGAAUGAAAACCAAGGUGAAAAGGAAGAGUGGUUGCCUGAAGGCUAUGAGGAAAGGAUGAAAGGGAAAGGGCUGAUAAUACGUGGAUGGGCUCCACAGGUGCUUAUACUUGAUCACAGAGCAGUUGGAGGAUUUGUGACGCAUUGCGGAUGGAACUCGGCUAUAGAAGGCAUUGCUGCGGGGCUUCCAAUGGUGACAUGGCCCAAGGGAGCAGAACAGUUCUACAACGAGAAGCUAUUGACAGAAGUGUUGGGAAUAGGAGUGAAUGUAGGAGCUACAGAAUUGGUGAAAAAAGGAAGGUUGAUUAGUAGAGAAGAAGUAGACAAGGCAGUGAGGGAAGUGAUGUCUGGCGAAGAGGCAGAGGAAAGGCGAAUACGAGCUAAGAAACUAGGCGAGAUGGCCAGAGUGGCUGUGGGGGACGGAGGAUCUUCUUAUAGUGAUUUGAACAGGCUCGUGGAAGAGCUUAACAGUAGAAAGUAGAAGAAGACAAAACAUGUUUUAUUUAUGUUUUAUUUUUGUUCACAUGCUUUAUUAUGUUGUGCGAUAGUGUGAUAGAUUCGUGACUAUGUUUGCAUUAUCCACUACAGUUGAGUUUGUUAAGAAAAUGUUUUUUUUUUGUGAAAAAGGAUAUGUGUUAAGAAAAUGUUUGAAUUGCAUGAAUCGGUAACCAGACGU